UGAGUCCUCCCCUUGGAGCCUGAGAGGCUUAGGAAGGAAGGAGGUCUCUUUUGGUGGCAGAGUUGCCGGCAAGGGCACUGAGCAGGAGGAUAGGACGGCAAAGACGAAGAGUUCUGACUCCUCCUGCAGACAUGCACCAGCGGCUGCUGGGCUCGUCCCUGGGCCUCGCCCCCGCGCAGGGGCUCUGAAUGCCUGCCGCCGCCCCCAUAAGCACACUGGCCGGGGCUCCUAUCCCUAAGCCUCUACUUGCGGAGACUGAGCCAUGUGGGCUUGGGGCUGGGCUGCGGCAGCUCUCCUCUGGCUACAGACUGCAGGAGUCCGGGCACGACAGGAACUCAAGAAGCCUCGGCAGCUGGUUGUGCGUGUGGAUUCUCCCAAUAUUACCACAUCCAGCCAUGAGGGAUUCCCAGGCUCCAUCAAGCCGCCGGAAGCCUCUGGACCUGAGCUCUCAGAUGCCCACAUGACAUGGCUGAACUUUGUCCGACGGCCGGAUGAUGGGGCCUCUAGAAAACGGUGCCGUGGCCGGGACAAGAAGUCGCGAGGCCUCUCAGGUCUCCCAGGACCCCCAGGACCCCCUGGCCCUCCUGGUCCACCUGGUUCCCCUGGUUUGGAAGUUACCCCAGAGGCCUUGCUGCAGGAAUUUCAGGAGAUGCUGAAAGAGGCCGCAGAACUUCGAUUCUCAGGGAUACCGGACUCGCUGUUACCCCAGGAACCCAGGCAGCGGUUGGUGGUCGAGGCCUUCCAUUGCCGUUUGAAAGGCCCUGUGACGGUAGACAAGAAGACUCUGGUGGAACUGCAAGGAUUCCAGGCUCCUACUACCCAGGGUGCCUUCCUGCGGGGAUCUGGCCUGAGCCUGUCCUUGGGCCGAUUUACAGCGCCAGUCUCUGCCAUCUUCCAGUUUUCUGCCAGCCUGCACGUGGACCACAGUGAACUGCAGGGCAGAGGCCGGUUACGUACCCGGGACACGGUCCGUGUCCUCAUCUGUAUUGAGUCCUUGUGUCACCGUCAUACGUCCCUGGAGGCUGUGUCAGGCCUGGAGAGCAACAGCAGGGUCUUCACCGUGCAGGUUCAGGGGCUGCUGUAUUUACAGUCUGGACAGUAUGUCUCUGUGUUCGUGGACAACAGUUCUGGGGCAGUCCUCACCAUCCAGAACGGCUCCAGCUUCUCCGGGAUGCUUUUGGGUACGUAGAGGAACUGAAGAGAUGAUUGAGGAUUGCAGAGCCAACACCUUGCUUCUUAGAGGAGCUGAAAAGGACUACUCCCCCUUUUAAUAGUUUUCAUAGCAAUAAAGAACUCCAAACGUCUUCAUCACC